AUGGUCGAUGAUAUACCGCCUGUGGAAGAGGUUUCAAAGCCCAAUGCUCCUCAGUCCGAGAGCUCAGUGCAUGGUUUUGAGUGGUGGCGUCGGACUUUCCAAUACAAGACCGGUAUAGGUUUAGAUGAAGACAAGAAACGUCAAUACGAAAAUGAUUAUAAUUUUGUCUUACAACGCCGACAGUGUCAGAAAUGCUACGAGAAUAGGGAUUGGAUCUUGAAAUAUUCACCGACGGUGCUUUUCAUGGUGCAGCAAAUUGCCAAAUUGAACCAGAGGAACACCGAUGCACUAAAGUUUGACGAAUCUAAAAUCGUAUGUGAUGUAUGUCCGGAGUGGAGAAGUGGUGGAUUUCAUCCUGAAUUAGGCAUUUUGAUCUGUCAAAAUAGGAUAAGAGACAAAUGGCAUUUAGAAGACACCAUGGCACACGAAUUGGUGCAUUAUUUUGAUAAUUUAAAAUGGCAAGUCGAUUGGCUAAACCUUAAACACCAUGCAUGCUCUGAAAUUCGGGCUUCGAGUCUUAGUGGAGAAUGCAGGUUUUCGCAAGAGUUUGCCAGGCGCGGAUUUGGGUUUAAAAUUAACAGAGGUCACCAGGAAUGUGUGCGCAGACGCGCAACUUUGAGUGUAUUGGGGAAUCCAAAUUGUAAAGACCAACAACACGCUGAAAAAAUCGUUGAAGAAGUUUGGGAAAGUUGCUUCAACGAUACGCGGCCUUUUGAAGAAAUCUAUAGAUAA